GAUGUAGUUCUAUAUUGCUUCAUAUAUUACUAUAAAUAUCAUAUAUGUUAUUGUGCUGGUUUAAAGGCACAGAAAGGCACAAAAUUAAUUUCUGGGCGUAGAGCAGCGAUAGGGGAUACACAUCGUAAAGUCACCCCAAGACAUUUAUAUAUAUAUGUCAAAUAUAUAUGACUACAUACUGCUAGGCAAGGUCCAGCAGACAUGCACGCAAGAAGUUCAGCUACUGUGGCUGUCUUUUGUCUCUGGUGAGGUUAAAUCAAAAAUAAACACCAGCUUGGUUGCAGAGCUGAUGUUUGUAGUUUAGGAGUAUAACUGAAAACUUAGAUGCUUUGUCCCUCUGUGAUUAAUUUUAAAUGCAAAACCAGUUGCCAUAAUUCAUUAUGUUCCUUAAUGAAUUAUGAAGUUACAUUAGACACCUUUAAAAAAAAAAAAAGUUAAAGAAGCUUUGUUGUAGUCAAAUGUUAAUGAAAUUUGAAGCCAGUUGUUUUUCCUGCCAUUUUCCUUCAAAUGCUUCUAUGGCUUAAGAUAAAUGUAGUAAAGCUUUUGGGAGAGGGUUUUAAUAUGAAGUGCUGUCAGCUUAGUUACUAUUUGAUUUGAAAUUGUUCCUUGAUUUUUUGUUUUUCAAUUCUCUUCCUUUUCAGCUCAGUGAUGAAAAUGAGCAGUUAGUCAAGAAGGUGAAAAAACUACACAUAAAAAAUAAGGAGCUAGAAAAGAAUCUGUGUCAGAUCCAAGAACAACUGCAUCUGCAGCGGUUAACGCCUGUCUGUGGCACAAGCAGAGAGGAUUUUGUGCUGACAAAAAGCCCAACGUGAUCCUUUGAGUAGCCCAAGGUGUUUUCAUCCGAGAGAGAACCUGAGCCAUUGUCUCAUGCUGGUACUGCAAUGCUGAGUUCUAGCUCAACCACUGUGAAGAAUCUCCCUCUGAAGAGGAGGCUCUGUUUUCUGCUGAAACUCGUGUGUUUUGUCAGCUCAGUGUUAAUAUUUUGUGAAUUUUUAAUUUACUAUGUGGUAAUAUUUCAAUGCCGAUGGCCAGAUGUGAAAGGUGGAGCUCACAUGAGUGAAAAAGAAACUUCAGCUUCAGUCCUAAAGGCCAUAAUUUUAGCUGAUACACAUCUACUUGGUGAAAUCAAAGGACAUUGGUUGGAUAAGCUAAGAAGGGAAUGGCAAAUGGAGAGAUCUUUCCAAACUGCUUUAUGGUUACUGCAGCCAGAUAUUGUUUUUAUUCUGGGAGAUGUUUUUGAUGAAGGAAAAUGGAGCUCACCUCAGGCAUGGGCAGAUGAUGUCAGGAGGUUUCGGAAAAUAUUUAAGUAUCCGGUUUCUACGGAGCUGGUGGUCAUCGUUGGGAAUCACGACAUCGGGUUUCAUUACGAAAUGACUACUUACAAGGUAAAUCGAUUUGAAAAGGUUUUCAACUUUACUUCAGGAAAGCUGGUAACUCGGAAAGGAAUAAACUUUGUCCUAGUGAACAGUGUAGCCAUGGAGGGUGAUGGCUGUGCUGUCUGCCGUACCUCAGAGGCAAAACUUGUGGCACUUUCUCACAAACUGAAUUGCUCCCAGCAGAAACCGAAUCACUCCAACAAAGGAUGCAGUGAUGUGGAAAAGCUUCCAGCUUCAGAACCCAUCCUUUUACAGCAUUACCCUCUCUAUCGGAAAAGUGAUGCUGAAUGCACUGGAGAAGAUUCUGCUCCUCCAGAGGAGAAAAACAUCCCCUUUAAAGAAAAGUAUGAUGUACUGUCUCAAGAGGCAUCACAAAAGCUGCUAUGGUGGUUUCAGCCCCGUUUGAUUCUCAGUGGGCACACUCAUAGUGCUUGUGAAGUGCUGCACGCAGGGAAAGUCCCAGAAAUCAGUGUCCCGUCAUUCAGUUGGAGGAAUAGAAACAAUCCUAGUUUCAUCAUGGGCAGCAUAACACCAACUGACUUCUCCCUCCAAAAAUGCUUCCUUCCAUUUGAGAGCAGAGUCUUCACUAUCUACUGUGCAGCAGGUGCUCUGCUUGUGAUCCUGGUACUAGCUCAUGUUCAGCUUCUCACUCCACCGUUUUAUUUUGCUCAGCGUUUAAUCAGUAAGCAUAAAGCAGUAUGAAGAGCCAGACAUCUGCAUUCAGUCACUGAAAUACCAAAGCUGAGAACAGUCAAACAUCAGACUAUAUUCAUGCCAGCAAAUGACCUAAUUUGAUUGCUAGUCUGAAGGCAGGUUGCAUUUACACAUACCAUAGAAGUCCUAUACAGCUGAUAUGACUACUACAGGAUAAAUAAUUAACUGAAAUGAACGUUUCAUGCUGUACAAAAAUACUGUAUUCGACAAUCAAAUGAGUCCUUUUCCUGUUAUAAUUUUUGUAUCAAAUAUGUAUAUUAAAAGUGUAACUGUACAUUAUGUAAA